CGUGAGUAUAUAACGAAACGUAUGUUUUGCUGUCACUGCUGUUAGAUCAUUUAGUUGAGUUGGUUGCGGAGAGUACGUUCAUUUGACCCACUGUGGAAAACAAGUUGAUUGUUGAUUCAAGCCUUUAGUUUCAAAUUUAAAUUGAAGAAAGGUUCUAAUUGAGUAUAUUAUUCAACAGAGUCUGAGAAAAUAUCAGAUUUUUCAGAAAUAAAUGAAAAUGUCUUGCCCAUUUUUAACAAGAUUGAGCUACAACUACGUGAAAAAUUAUGCCCCUGUUCUAUUGAAAACUUAUGGAAAUCAAUGUCCUGUGAUUUCUCGAAGUCUUAAUAGCAUUGCGAGUGAUGGAGAAGUUAAAAGUCAAGUUUCAGAAAUUGUCAAGAAUAAUCAGAACUGCCCUUUUCUCAAUGAAGUGUCAUCUGUAAUAACAGAAGUUGAGCAAGAUGAUACUAUCAGUGUAACCAAAUCCAGCAAUGACAGUACAAUUAUGGAAACGAUGAAACUUCAGAGCUUCAUUGCCCUUGACUCUCCAAUUUUCAGUGAUGCUUUGGAGAAAUAUGGAAGUGGAGCGGGUGGUACUAGAAAUAUUUCUGGUAAUUCAACUUUACAUGUGAAUCUGGAAAAGAAACUCGCUGGUUUGCAUCAGAAGGAAGCUGCUCUACUUUUCACGUCAUGCUUUGUCGCCAACGACUCAACAUUAUUCACACUCGCCAAAGCAUUGCCUGGUUGUCACGUUUUUUCUGACUCUGGCAAUCAUGCAUCAAUGAUAUACGGAAUAAGAAACAGUCAAGUUCCGAAACAUAUCUUUAGACAUAAUGACCCUGCCCACUUGGAAGAGCUUCUCAAAACAGUAAACAGAAAUAUUCCAAAAAUUGUUGCAUUUGAAACAGUUCAUUCCAUGUCAGGAGCUGUGUGUCCACUUGAGGAAAUGUGUGACAUUGCGCACAAAUAUGGUGCCUUAACAUUUGUUGAUGAAGUUCACGCCGUUGGAUUAUAUGGAGAACAUGGGGCAGGUAUAGGUGAAAGGGACCAAGUUAUGCACAAAAUGGAUAUGAUAUCUGGAACUUUGGGAAAAGCUUUUGGAAACAUCGGGGGUUAUGUAGCAAGCAACGCCUUAUUGAUUGACAUGAUACGUUCAUAUGCAGCAGGGUUUAUUUUUACUACAUCUCUGCCACCAACUGUGUUAGCGGGAGCCUCCAAAGCUGUUGACAUAUUAGCCUCUGCUGAAGGUCGACAACUCCGUGAAAAACACCAGUCAAAUGUUCGGUAUCUUCGAAAUAUUUUACUUCAAGAAGGCUUCCCAGUCGAGCAUACACCUAGUCAUAUUAUACCAAUUAAAAUUGGGGACCCCAUUAAGUGUAGCAAUGUCUGUGAUACUCUGUUGAAAGAGAAGGGUCACUAUAUACAAGCUAUAAAUUACCCGACUGUUGCUAGAGGGCAGGAAAAAUUGAGGUUAGCUCCCACACCUCACCAUACUAAAGAACUGAUGGAUAUGUUGGUUCGUGAUUUGAAAGAGAUUUGGAAAAAUCUCGAUUUACCUUUUGCUGGUCAGCAAUGUGAACAGGAAUGUCAGUUUUGCCAGAAACCCAUUAUGUUUGACAUUUUUGCAUCAAGAAGUCGAAACUGUGCUGCAGAAAUCAACUGCAAUAUACCAAACUGUCCACAGAUGGUAGCAGCAGUUGCAUAGCUUGUGAAUUAAAUUAACGACUAUUGGUGUUGGAUUUUUGGUGUAUAUUGGUAAUUUGACAGUCAAGAAGAUAUAAUUCUCGUUUGGAUAAAGGAAAAAUUGUUGACAUUUUCUUAUUUUAUUUUUCAAUGAACUUUUGAAGUAU